AUGAGCAAACCACAAAAGCUUAACAUUGGCUUUAUUUCGACGAGAGCGGCAGCUGCAGCAGUGCUGACUACGGUACCAGAGGCUGCAGCCCUCUUUGUGAGUGACAAAGCGCAGCCGACAGAGCCGGGAUGUCAGUCGAGCAAGCGUGCAGGAAGUACCUAUAUCACGGGACAUGUGGACUAUGGCAAGUGUGCAGGAAGCACCUACAUCACUGGACAUGUGGACUAUGGCAAGUGUGCAGGAAGCACCUACAUCACUGGACAUGUGGACUAUGAUCCCUCGUCAGACCCCUCCUCAGACCUCGCGUCAGGCCCUUCCUCAAAACCCCAUUCAGACCACACGUCAGACCACCCGUCAGACCCCUCCUCAGACCUCUCGUCAAACCAUGCGUCAUACCCCUCGUCAGACCCCACCUCAGACCUCUCGUCAAACAAUGCGUCAUACCCCUCGUCUUACCCCUCGUCAAACCCCACGUCAGACCUCCCGUCAGGCCCUUCCUCAAACCCCUAUUCAGACCCCACGUCAGACCACUCGUCAGACCCCUCCUCAGACAUCUCGUCAAACCAUGCGUCAUACCCCUCGUCAGAUCCCACGUCAGACCUCGCGUCAGGCCCUUCCUCAAAUCCCUACUCAGAUCCCACAUCAGAUCACUCGUCAGACCCCUCGUCAGGCCCCACGUCAGACUCCUCCUCAGACCUCUCCUCAAACCCCUCGUCAGACCACAUGCCAGACAACUCGUCAUACCACACGUCAGACCACACGUCAGACCACUCGUCCUACCACACGUCAGACCACUCGUCAAACCCCACACGUCAGAUCACUCGUCAGCCCACGCGUCAGACGAUCUCGUCAGGCCCCUCCUCACACCACUUCUCACAUCAGUGCCCCAGACGGAAGCUUCCAAAGCAAAAGAUUCGAACUCGUGAAGGUACACGUCUUUUCGCCCCAGUAUGA